AUGUUGUUAUACUUGACAACAUUGGGCGUCGUGAACUUCCUCACAGAAGACGAGCCGCCCGAGUCAAGUGACCAAGAGACGAACAUCGAGGUCAUGGCCAACUAUGAUUCAUGGCGCAGAGGAGAUUACCUUUUUGUAAACACCUCUAGGCAAGUGUGGGAAAACCUAGAUAGAAAGUACUGCAGUGAUAAUGCGGGAAAUAAGAAGUUUGUAACAGCUAAGUUCCUUGACUACAAAAUGGUCGAUACAAGACCAGUCAUGGAACAAGUUCAGGAGUUCCAAAUGAUCAUCCAUGAACUUGCUGCCGAAGGAAUGGCGUUGCCCGACAACUUUACAACGGGCACGACCAUUGAGAAGCUUCCACCUAGCUGGAGGGACUUCAAAAGCUACCUCAAGCACAAGCGAAAGGAGAUGACUUUUGAAGACUUGAUCGUAAAGGUGCGCAUUGAGGCAGACGUGCGGAAAAAUGAUCAAAAGGCUAAGGGCACUCUGGAUGCAAAAGCCAACUUGUUGGAGCGGGCGGGCCACCUUGCAAAGGACUGCCGCAACAAGAAGAAAAAGUCGGCUGCCCAAGUCAUUGAGAAGGAGUUCAAGGACUGGGAUGAAAGCGAUCCCAUCGCCGUGGUCAUCGAAGAAGUCAACCUUGUUAACAACAAGGGUGGCUGGUAUAUUGAUAUCGGCGCUACUGCACAUGUUUGUGAAGAUAGGAGUAUGUUCUCCACCUACAACAACGUUGAAGGGAGAAAAAUUAACAUGGGGAAUCAAGCUUCGUCUGAAGUCCUCGGAGUUGGUGAUGUAGUCCUCAAGAUGACGUCUGAUUGGGACAUGUAA